AUGACUAUCGCGAGGGGGACGCCUGGGUUCUCAGGUGCAGACCUCGCAAACCUAGUGAACGACGCGGCACUCAAGGCUUCCAGGGUGGGGGCGAAUGCUGUUGGGAUGGAUCACCUCGAGUACGCCAAGGACAGCGAGCGCAAGUCAGUGGUGAUGUCUGAUCGUUCCAGGAAGAUGACGGCGUACCACGAGGGCGGGCAUGCCCUUGUUGCUAUCCUCACGGACGGCGCCAACCCCGUCCACAAGGCCACCAUUGUUCCCAGGGGAAACGCUCUUGGCAUGGUGACACAGUUUCCGGGGGAAGAUGGCGGGCUCGAACAGUCGAGGAAGCCGAUGCUGGCGGCGCUGGAUGUUCUCAUGGGUGGGCGGGUGGCCGAGGAGCUCAUGUUCGGAGAGGCAGGGGUCACCACCGGCCCCUCGUCUGAUCUCAGCCAGGCGACUCAGCUGGCGACGGACAUGGUCACCAAGUAUGGCAUGAGCAAGCGGGUCGGCCUUGUUUCCUAUGACGACGGUGGCCGCGCGGCGGCCAUGAGCGGGUCAAUGGCGGCCCUGGUCGAUGAGGAGGUGAAGGCAUUAUUGGACAAGGCUUACAGUAACGCGAGAACGAUUCUCACGGCCCACAGCAGGGAGCUCCAUGCGCUGGCCAACGCCCUCCUGAAGCACGAAACUCUCUCCGGUGACCAGAUCAAGAAGAUAGUAUCAGCAGGUAGAUGGUUUUAA